AUGGGAUCCCGGGCGUCCACGUUACUCCGCGAGGAGGAAAUUGAGGAAAUCAAGAAAGAAACAGGCUUCUCACACAGCCAGAUCACUCGUCUAUACAGCCGCUUUACGAGCCUGGAUAAAGGGGAGAACGGCACCCUCAGUCGAGAAGACUUUCAGAGGAUUCCAGAGUUGGCCAUCAAUCCUUUGGGUGACCGCAUCAUCAAUGCCUUUUUCCCAGAAGGGGAGGACCAAGUGAACUUCCGAGGCUUCAUGCGCACGCUGGCACACUUCCGACCCAUUGAAGACAGCGAGAAAAACAAGAACGUCAGUGCCAGUGAGCCGCUUAACAGCAGGACCAACAAGCUCUUAUUUGCUUUCCGUCUUUACGACCUGGACAGAGAUGACAAAAUAUCGCGGGAUGAACUGCUCCAGGUGUUAAGGAUGAUGGUGGGCGUAAACAUCUCUGACGAGCAACUCGGAAGCAUCGCGGACCGAACCAUCCAGGAAGCCGACACUAACGGAGACAGCUCCAUUUCCUUCAAUGAAUUCAUCAAGGUGCUGGAGAAGGUGGACGUGGAGCAGAAAAUGAGCAUCCGUUUCCUGCACUAA